CUGUACACGAUUCUACAAAAGUUGGACGGACAAACGGGCGGACAAACGGGCGGACGGGCAAGCUUGGCUGUUGAUGCUGAUCAAAAAUCUAUUUACCACAUCACAAUUACCAUUUCACAAAUGGGUGCAUGGUAUAGAAAAAAAAAUAGAUACUGAUACCGUGGUUUCUGUUGACAUGUAUAGCAGCAGCCGAUCCCAAGUGUGGCUAAGGCCAAUAUUUUUGUUGCUUUUAAUAGGCAUCUCUGCGAGUGCCGAUUACCGGUUAGAGCGGAAUGUAGUGCCAACGUUCUACAAUCUAACACUUAGUCUGCUAAAUGAUGCUGAUAAGCCAACAGUUUAUGUAGGUGACGUCAACAUAACACUACAGGUGGUCGAUACGACAAGUGAGAUUCGAGAAAUAACCCUACAUGCAGAUACCCUAGAAAUCGUAUUAUGCGAACUCUACAAUGAGUCGGGUGAUCUGUUGGAGACGCCCACAGAUUUUCAAGCAAAUUCAGAGACUCAACAACUAAGGGUUCCACUGACAACGAUUCUAGAGCCCAGCAAAAACUAUAUAUUGCAUUUUAAAUUCAAUGGACAAAUAAGAAGUGAUUUGGCUGGCUUAUUUUCUGCAAGUUAUGUGGAUGCAGAAAAAGGAACAAUAAAAUGGCUCGGCGUUACACAAAUGCAACGUUUAAACGCCCGUUUGGUUUUCCCCUGUUUCGACGAGCCUUCGUUCAAGGCCGAAUUCCAAUUACAUAUUGGCAGACCAGAAGGUUAUAAUACCAUUAGCAAUACCAAAUUGCUGAGCAGCAUAAAUGAGAGUAACAAUCGUUCAAUGGAUCAUUUCGAGGUGACACCUAAAAUGUCUACCUAUCUGUUGGCUUUUAUUGUCUCUGAGUAUACGGCUCGCGGUAAUAAAAGUGAAUUCACUGUAAUAUCACGGCCAGAGUACUACAAUAAGACCCAGUUCAGCUAUGAAGUCGGUUCUAAGGUUUUGCCUGCCUUUAAUGAACUAUUUCAGCAAACCUAUCAAGAAUUAGGCAACGAGAUUCUACAGUAUGCUAGUUCACCGCGCUUUCCGCACAAUGGCAUGGAAAAUUGGGGUCUCAUAAUUUACAGCGAUGCUGUUCUAGUACAAGAACCAGGCUAUACAGAUGGCUGGUCAAAUAAGGAAUUUACCAUUCGUAUAAUAGCCCACGAAACAUCUCAUAUGUGGUUUGGCGAUAGCGUUACAUUUUCUUGGUGGAGCUACUUUUGGCUAAAUGAAGCUUUUGCACGCUACUAUGAAUAUUUCAUGGCUCACUUGCUGUGUCCAGAAUAUCAAUUGGAUCAACAGUUUGUUGUGCGACAACUACAACUCAUCUUUGCCACGGAUGCAGUGAAUAGUACUCAACCAAUGACUAGUCCGGAAGAGAGUGUCCAAACACCAGCACAAAUUGCCAACAAAUUCAGUAGCAUUGCCUAUGCCAAAGGAGCUAGUAUUGUGCGGAUGUGGCGCAAUGCCAUGGGGCAUGACAACUUUGAUGCCGCCAUCAGAGACUACCUCAAGCAGCACCAUUUGGGCAACACUGAACCUCAGGACUUGUUUUACCAUCUCAAACAAUAUUGGCCAGUAAAAUCAGAACUCGUCAAUUUGGAUCAGUUUUUAUACGAUUUUACUGAGCAAGUAGGCUUCCCGAUGAUUGUGGUCAAUGCUAGUUUUGAGAAUAAGCAAAUCAGGGUAGAGCAAAAUCGGUUUUUACUUAGUCCUGGUGAUGGCAGCGAUCCCAAUAUCCGAUACACUAUUCCCAUUACGUACACCACGAAUCUGGCACCUGAUUUCCAGAAUCUCACUCCCAUCGGUUACUUUAGCAAAGUCGUUGAUGUAUAUGAUAUCUGGUUUGAUGAAGCCAUUGAUUGGAUAGUCUUCAACUUGAAGCAAUCCAACUACUAUCGUGUUUUCUAUGAUGCACCGCUCCUGAACAGCCUUCAGUUGGCAUUGCACAAGUCAGACCACAGCGGUAUCGCGGUAGAGAAUCGAGCUCAGAUUGUGGAUGAUCUUUUUAGUUUCGCCCGUGUUGGAUAUGUUGACUAUGAAGAGGUGUUUCAGUUUAUUGAAUAUUUGAGCCAGGAAGUCGAAUUUAUUCCUUGGUAUUCCACAUACCAAUCCCUUCAAUUGGUGGCAAAUCGUCUAACACCAGAUCAACUGCCCAACUUUGCCAAAUAUCUGAGUGAUAUAACUUCAGCGGUGUUUAGAAAAUUGGGAGCUUCUGGUAAGAACAGCGAUUCUGUCCUCGAUGUCUACAAUCGGAACCAACAAGUGGCAUGGCUUUGCAAAUAUCAGAUUAAAUCUUGCCAGGAACAAGUGCUAAAACAGUUCCUUAACAACUUCCAGAAACCGAUUCCCGAUUAUCGUAAGACUUUUUACUGUGCAGUUGCCAGAACUGAAGGUUAUAUUAAGAUUUUGGAGCUAUAUAGGGAGGAAGCUUAUCCCACGGAACAGGAUCUUCUUUGGCGUGCUGCCAGCUGCACCCGUAACUACACUGGACACUAUCAGAAUGAGAUUUUGAGCUAUAGUAGGACUCUGGCCGAGAAGAAAACAGCUAUAUCCCAAAUGUAUCAACAAAAUCCAGACCUAGUUACUCCCAUUUUCAUCAUGCUAAGCGAGAAUAUUACACAGUUGAGUGAAGCCCUUGGUAGCUGGGCGGAAACCGCCCAAGUGAUAAGCGAUUUGGCGGAUUACUUCACCACCCGCGAACAACACCAAUUGCUGUCCUAUUUCUAUGACGAGAAUCACCUGCUCUUUGGCACCUCGGCAGAGACGCUAAUCACAGCUCUAAACUCGGUUGAAAGCAACUUGCAGUGGGCCCACCAGCGUUUGGGUCGGCUUGUGAAUUAUCUUAGCCUAAGGAAUGGCAGUAGUGGCAGCCAAUCAAUGGUUACACUGUACAUGGUUUUGUUUUCGACAAUAACUGGGCUUUUACUUAAGCCUUAAAGGUUUUUGCCAAACUAAAAUUGACCGCAAUUCUGUGUUUACCAGUCCAACAUUGAAUCAUUCCAUUUGUGAAGUUCUUCCCCUUAAGUGUUAAUACAAAAUUUUACGAUUGGCAUGGAAAUAAACUGCAUACACUGCUUAUAAGGAUA